AUGGCUCUCCAACUGGCCUACCGUGCCACCAGACCGUCAAUAACCACCUCAUCUCCCUCGAUCAUCUCACUCAUCACCCCUUCCUCAAGGGCCUUCUCCGUCUCAAACACCCUUCAAUCCGGCAAGUUCAAAAAUGACGGCCACACCUACGCCGAGCGUCAAAAGCUCCGGGAUGAACUCAAAGCCCAACGCCCCGACUACAAGAUCCGCAAGGGAAGAAAGGACAUCACCGAGUACCCAGACAAGGCCAGACCCAAGUCCAAGCAAGCCCGCUUCUUUGACCCCGAGGACAGCCAUGGCAAGAAAAGUUUGGUCUACAAGUUCAAGACUGGACAAUUGGCCGAAGAGGUCAAACAGCUGAAAAGGGAAAUGGGGAUGGGUUCUGCCGACGGUGAUGCUUUUACCAAUUCAAGGGGUGAGAGAGGGAGGGAUGUCCGUCCUUCUCGCCGGGAUAGGGAGAGGUCUUCGGCAUCAAAGCCUUUGGAUUCUAGGGGUUUUGCUUCUAUGAUGAGGGGGGAGGAGGGUAUGAAUCCUUGGGGGCAGGAUAAGAGGUCGAACAAGGGGAGAGAGAGGCCUUUUGGGGGUUAUGCUAAGACUGCUCCUUCUCGUGACCGGGAAGAAAGGAGCUUCGGGUCGAGGGACAGAAAGUUUGACAGGGGGAGUCGUGACGGGGAUAGACGGGGCAAGAGUUUUGGUGACAGGCCGCCUCGUAACGGUAACAGGCCAUCGAGAAGCUUCGGCGAUGUGCCUCAGAGGGUCUUUCCUCCAAGAGAGUUCAAAGAGCGCUCCUCCAGAACUUUUGGGGACAGAACCCCCAGGAACUUUGGUGACAGGCCUCCAAGAGAGUUCAAAGAGCGCUCCUCCAGAGAUUUUGGGGACAGACCCCCAAGAGACUUCGGCGAUAGACCUCCAAGAGAGUUCAAGGACCGCGCCCCGAGAGACUUCAACGAUCGCCCCCCAAGAGAAUACAAGGACAAACCCUUCCACGACAGUGAUGCCUACGAGCGCCCCGAGCCCAUCGGCAUUACCUACACCACCGCCGCCUCCCAGUUCCUCUACGGCUCCUCCUCCGUCGAAGCCGCCCUCCGCUCCGGCCGCCGCAAGCUCUACAAGCUCUACAUCCAACAAGGCGACGACGUCCGCGAGUCCCAGAACGCAGAUGACAUCAAAGCCGAGAAAGUCAUCCGCACCCUUGCCAAGCAAAAGAACGUCCCUGUCGAGGUCGUCUCCGGGAAGUAUGGGAUGCGUCUCAUGAGCAAGAUGUCUUCUUCCCGUCCCCACAACGGGUUUGUUCUUGAAGCGUCUGCUCUCCCUCAGCCACCGAUCGUGGCCUUGGGCGCCAUUCCUGAGGAUCCGGCUGAGUACGCGGCUAAGCCUGGGUUUUCGGUCGAGUUGGGCCAUCAGUCGGCUGAGGACGUUGCUAUCAAUGGCACGAAUGACUUUGUCUACUGGCGCAAGAGCGCUACGCACAAACCUUUGGUUGUCGUGCUUGACAGAAUUCUUGACCCUGUCAACCUAGGUGCUAUUCUGCGCAGUGUCGGGUUCUUUGGCGCGGCUGCUGUGGCGAUUACAAACUAUGGUGGGACAAAAAUCACGCCUGUCGCGUUGAAGGCAUCGGCUGGUGCGGCGGAGGAGGUGACCAUUUUUGGGAUUAAUUCUCUGCCCGAGUUCCUCAAUGCUUCGAGGGCGAACGGCUGGGAGGUUUAUGCUGCUGUUGCGCAGGAGCCGGGUGCUACAAGACAAAGAAGACAGGUUGAUUUGUUUGAUAUUGAGGAGACGGACCCGUUGAAGAGAACGCCGUGUGUUUUGUUGCUGGGGAGUGAAGGUGAGGGGUUGGACAGGCUGGUGGUCAAGAAGGCGGAUUACGAGUUGAAUAUCCCUUCCAUGGCGGGGCAGAGCGUGGUGGAUAGUUUGAAUGUCAAUGUGGCGGGGGCGUUGCUGUGUGCCUCGUUUUUGAAGGGGAUGCAGAAGGCUGUGUUGAAGGAGGCAGCGGAGGAGGAUGGUGAGGAGGUCACGAAGGAGACGCUGUUUGAGAUUUGA